AUGGAAGGUUCCACCGGAUUGUCUGAGUUAGUGUGCGUGAAGGAGGAGCCCCCCGAGCCAGAAGCGGAGCCCGAGCACCCGCCGCCCGGCGCGGAGCAAGCAGUACACAUCAAAGAAGAACUACAGAAUGGACAUUAUUCAGACAGUCUGAAGGAGGCAGAGUGUGUCAAGCAAGAGACGGAGUGUGGAAAUGAAGUCAAUGAAGAUCCGUGCUCCGACAGUGAGUGUGGUGUGAGCGAGGCAGCCAUGCUGGCCGGCCUGUACACAGACCAUGACGUCAAAGAUGAGCUUGUUCUGGGACAGGAGUGUCCAUAUAGACCUGACGUCACUCUAGUAGUUAAUGGUCGGGUUGGCUCUCUGCUCCGAGAUUGUUGCGUGACACUCGAACGCCUCCCACACGUCGAGCCGCUCGCCAAGCGCAAAGACACAACUCAUACUGACACGGAAUCUGAUACUGACGAAUUAUAUGCUAGAGAGAAAGCACCGAUAUGUGAUCUGUGUGGUGAAAGCUUCAGUUUAAAGUCAGAUUUAUUGAACCACGUCAUGGAUCAUAUCCACAGGCCUUCAAGCGCGGAGCAGGAAGGCAGUGGGCACAGUUAUGCAUUUGCUGGUCAAUGGACGCAGGAGCAGGAGCGCGCCCUGUGCCGCAAACACGCUGUUCGGGACUGCUGCGUGCGCCUCGAACGACUCCAACACCACGAGGCUCUCGCCGCCAACGACACCCAAAACAUAACUCAAACUGACACGGAAUCAGAUACAGAGGAAGUACACACUAGAGUCGACUAUGAGAAACCAACAUGUGAUCUUUGUGGAGAAAGUUUUGUACUGAAAUCCGAUUUGAUGAAACAUAUCAUGAUUCAUAUCCAUGUACCUACCACACACCAUCCACAAGCGGGUACUGAUAGGGAAUCAGAUACUGAAGAGAAAAACAUCGAUAUUGACUUUGAGCUGUUGCAUGAGUCUAGAAUGGAAGGUUCCAGGGGACUGUCUGAGUGUGUGCGCGUGAAGGAGGAGCCCGCCGAGCCAGAAGCGGAGCCCGAGCACCCGCCGCCCGGCGCGGCGCCAGUACACAUCAAAGAAGAACUACAGAAUGGACAUCAUUCAGACAGUCUGAAGGAGGCAGAGUGUGUCAAGCAAGAGAUGGAGUGUGGAAAUGAAGUCAAUGAAGAUCCGUGCUCCGACAGUGAGUGUGGUGUGAGCGAGGCAGCCAUGCUGUCCGGGCUGGACAACCAUGGAGUCAAGGAUGAGGUUGUGCAGCCGGAGUUGGUGCCCUCACAGACAGCCUCAUGCUCCGGCAGUGAGUGUGGUGUGAGCGAGGCAGCCAUGCUGGCUGGCCUGUACACAGACCAUGACGUCAAAGAUGAGCUUGUAUUGGGACAGGAGUGUCCAUAUCGACCUGACGUCACUUUAGUAGUUAAUGGUCGGGUUGGCUCUCUGCUCCGAGAUUGCUGCGUGACACUCGAACGCCUCCCACACGUUGAAGCCCUCGCCAAGUGCCAAGACACAACUCAUACUGACACGGAAUCUGAUACUGACGAAUUAUACGCUAGAGAGAAAGCACCGAUAUGUGAUCUGUGUGGUGAAAGCUUCAGUUUAAAGUCAGAUUUAUUGAAACACGUCAUGGAUCAUAUGGUGGAUAUCCACAGGGCUUCAAGCGCGGAGCAGGAAGGGAGUGGGCACUAUAAUGCAUUUGAUGGUCACUGGACGCAGGAGCUCGCCCUGUGCCGCAAAUACGAUAUUCGGGACUGCUGCGUGCUUCUCAAACGCCUCCAACACCACGAGGCUCUCGCCAGCGACGAUACCCACUACAUAACACACACUGACACGGAAUCUGAUACAGAGGAAGUACACACUAGAGUCGACUAUGAGAAAUCAACAUGUGAUCUUUGCGGAGAAACUUUUGCACUGAAAUCCGAUUUGAAGAAACAUAUCAUGAUUCAUAUGCAUGUACCUACCACACACCAUCCACAAGCGGGUACUGAUAGGGAAUUGGAUACUGACGAGAAAAACAUCGAUAUUGAUUGUGAGAAUACGUGUGUAGCUCGCACUAAACAAAUGUAUGAACAUUUAGAUAUUCAUAAUUAUGAGUGUGACAUUUGCGGUAAAAUAUUUCAGCGAAAAAAUAGCUUAAAGCAUCAUAUUAAAACGCACUCAAUACAGUCAAAGUCUAAGGACUUUAAAUGGAAUAACAUAGGAGAGAAAUCAUACAACUGCGAAACAUGUGGAAAGCGUUUCCUAACUAGAGGCCAGUUGAAUAGACAUAUACGAAUUCACACGGAUAUAAGACCAUAUUCGUGCGACGUAUGUGAAAAACGAUUUGGAACUGGGACAUAUUCGUGUGACGUAUGUAAAAAGCGAUUUAGAACUGUGAAUUGCUUAAAACAACAUACACGGAUUCAUAGUGACAUAAGACCAUAUUUGUGUGACGUAUGUAAAAAACGAUUUAGAACUAGGAGUAAAUUAAAAUGUCAUACACUGAUUCAUGGAGACAUAAGACCAUAUUCGUGUGACAUAUUCGAGUCAUUUAAAACGUCAUACACGGAUUCAUGUUGA